AUGUCGACUCCGCAAGCAAAGCGCCGUCGGUUGAACGAAGCGGCGAAGACUCUCCAGAAGCCCUUCAAGUCUCCUUUUCGGACACCAUUGAAGCCCAGCAUAGGCGACGAUCUGCCGUCUUCGGACCCGCCUGAGAUCCAAGUACCUGCGAAGAAAAAUCUGGAGGAGAGUGGCGUUCGCGCGAAAUCUAUCACCCCCAUUGGCGAUAGCAAGCAGCAAACGGUUACCACAACACAAUCUACAUCAGUACCAGGACCGUCCACAUCAAGAAUCUCGAAGACUUUCGUGUCGCGUCCAACCUCAACCGCGACACCUUCACGACUGAUAUCAAGGAACACACCAUUUAAGCCUUCGGUCGCACGCGAGAUAAUGCAGCUGCGCAAUGAAAUACAAAUGCUCACACAGGCACAAACCCUUGCUACUUCUACAAAGGAUGAUGACCUUGUCGCAUUGAUAGACAAAUGGCGGACAGCGAGCCGUGCCGCUGCGGAAGAGCUUUUUGGCGUCACCAGAGACCGAGUCAACAGGAUGGGCGGUGUUGGUGCCUGGCAGGAACGGGAGAAGGAAGCAAAGCAACGACAAAUGAAAUGGGAUCAAGAGGAAAUCGAAGCAGAGCGCGAAAGAAUGGCGGAAGCAAAGGAGAACGGUGAAAUUUCAGAAGAAGCUUAUGAUCAGUAUGCUGAGAUGGAGGGUGAGAGGGAGAAGGUAGAGGAGGAGAAAGAGACAUUCAAGAAUGCGGACGAUUCAUUUACCAUGGACAUGAUGCUUAAGACACUCAACAUCGACCUACAGCUCAUAGGCUACAACAAGGAGGCGCAGAGGUGGGAGGGUUAA